AAAUUUCUAAUUACAUUCCUUUAAACUCGACAAGCGCCAAAGCCUUUUUCUUUGCUGUUCUCUGCAACUUUUUCGGGCCCUACUAAUGUUUCCUUUGUCUCUCUAUUCUCUCGUACUUUCUCUCUCAUCCUCGUCGGUCGAAUAUUUUGUUAUUUAAAUUGAAAAUUUUCGCUGUGGCUUUCUUUGGAUUGAAACCAGAGUUAUUGGCCUUGGAUCUGGUUUCUGGGAACUGAAUGUGGGCUGAAUUUUUUGUGAUCCUGGUGUAAUCGAUUGGUUUCGGAAGAAUUAGGGUUUAUCAGAGAUGGGUUCGAGAGAACAGAAGCCAGGAGGUGGUUUUUUCGCCUCAAUCAUGUCCAGUGUGUCGAAUUUUGGCAGCGCAAUGCAUAAAUCGGUUAAUGGAUUGUUAGGGUAUGAAGGACUAGAAGUUAUAAAUCCUGAAGGAGGAACAGAAGAUGCAGAAGCAGAAGCUCAAAGGGGGAGAUGGAAACAAGAGGAUAGAGAUGGUUAUUGGAAGAUGAUGCAAAAGUAUAUCGGAUCGGAUGUUACAUCAAUGGUUACACUUCCAGUAAUUAUUUUUGAACCAAUGACAAUGAUUCAGAAAAUGGCAGAGUUGAUGGAAUACUCUAGCCUAUUAGAUCUGGCAGAUGAGUGUGAGGAUCCAUACAUGCGUUUGGUCUAUGCUUCAUCAUGGGCAGUUUCUGUGUACUAUGCCUAUCAGCGAACCUGGAAGCCUUUUAAUCCCAUCCUUGGGGAGACCUAUGAAAUGGUGAACCAUGGAGGAAUAAUGUUCAUUUCAGAGCAGGUGAGUCAUCAUCCUCCAAUGAGCGCGGGGCAUGCUGAAAAUGAACAUUUUACAUAUGAUGUAACAUCUAAGUUAAAGACCAAAUUUUUGGGCAACUCGGUCGAUGUUUAUCCUGUUGGAAGAACACGUGUAAAACUAAAGAAGGCUGGUAUUGUUCUAGAUUUGGUGCCUCCUCCCACAAAAGUCAAUAACCUCAUUUUUGGACGCACUUGGGUUGACUCACCAGGGGAGAUGGUCAUGACAAAUAUGACCACCGGUGACAAAGUUGUCCUUUACUUUCAACCAUGUGGCUGGUUUGGAGCUGGUCGAUAUGAAGUUGAUGGAUAUGUCUAUAAUGCAGAGGAGGAGCCAAAAAUUCUGAUAACUGGCAAAUGGAAUGAGGCAAUGCAUUAUCAGCCCUGUGAUUUGGAAGGAGAGCCACUUCCUGAAACUGAACUUAAAGAGGUGUGGAGAGUCGCUCUUGCUCCAGCAAAUGACAAAUUCCAAUACACACAUUUUGCUCACAAAAUUAACAGCUUUAACACAGCACCCAAGAAUUUGCUAGCCUCAGAUUCGCGAUUACGACCAGACAGAUAUGCUCUUGAAUUGGGUGAUCUAAUGAAAGCUGGUUCAGAGAAAAGCAGUUUGGAGGAGAGACAGAGAGCUGAGAAGAGAAACAGGGAGGCCAAAGGCCACCAAUUUGUUCCGCGAUGGUUCAGUCUUUCCGGUGAGGUUACUCAAACACCUUGGGGUGAGUUAGAAGUGUACGAGUACAAUGGCAAGUACACAGAGCACCGAGCUGCCAUUGAUAGCUCAAGCUGUGACCUAGAAGUUGACCCCAAGUCUAUUGAGUUCAAUCCAUGGCAGUAUGGUAACUUGGAGGCACAAUGACGUACUCUUUGUCCGCCCUCCCUACCCGUCUUCUCUCUCUCUGGUGCCAUGGUUUGUUAAGUUUUCAGUUUUGUUUGUUAAAUUUUUGGUGGCUGGAACCGUAGAUUGUUGGUUGUGGAUCCUUGGGACUUGUUGGGUUUGAGGAAGUUGUGUAGAUCGAUUUCUGAUUGCAUAUAUUUAUAAUCCCAUUCUUAGAAAUUUCCUUUUAAUUUCAUGUGA